AUGCCGGUGACGGACUACCAGGGCUCAACCUCCUCGCCCUUCUCCUUCGGCCGCUCGCUGCUCUCGCUGCGCAGGGACACCACCGCCAUCAUGCCGUCGGGCGAGGAGGCCGACCUCGAGGCGUUCCAGCGCCACGUCGCGUCGACGCUCGCGGAGCUGCUGCCCGCGGCGGACGCCGGGACCGGUGCCGGCGACGCCUCCGCCUCCGCCUCCGCCGCCGCCGCUGCCGCCGCCGCGGCGUCGGGCGAGGAGUUCCUCUCCGCCGCGUGGAUCCGCCGCUUGCUGGAGGCCUUCGUGCUGUGCCAGGAGGAGUUCCGCGUCGUGGUGGCCCAGGCGCGGCGCCGCGCCGGGGCGCAGCUGCCCGCGGCCGCCGAGAGGAUGGUGGCCGAGUUCCACGAGCGCGCCGUCAAGGCGCUCGACGUCUGCAACGCGGCGCGGGACGGCGUGGACCAGGUGCGCCGCUGGGAGCGCCUCGCCGACAUCGCGGCCUCCGCGCUGGGGGCCCCCGGGGAGGUCCGCGAGGGCCAGCUCCGCCGCGCGCGCAAGGCGCUCACAGACCUCUCCGCGCUCCUCGUCGACGACGCCGCCGCGGCGUCGGGGGCCGGCGGCGUCGCCUCCUUCCUCUCCUCCCACCGGAACCGCUCCUUUGGCCGCGCGCGGGCCUCCCCGUCGCGCACCGCGGGCUCCGCCGCCGCGGCAUCCGCGACUGCCUCCCACUUCCGCUCCCUCUCCUGGAGCGUGUCCCGCACCUGGUCCGCCGCGCGCCAGCUGCAGGCCAUCGGGGCCGGGCUCGCCGCGCCGCGCGCGCACGAGGCGGGCCUCGCCGCCCCCGUCUACUCCAUGGGCUGCGUGCUCCACCUCACCGCCUGGGCGCUCGUCGCCGCCGUCCCGUGCCCGGACCGCGGCAACGCGCUGCAGGCCCACCACCUGCCGGCCGCGCCGCCGCGCGCCGCGUUCCCCUGGGCGCCGCCUCUCCUCGCCCUGCAGGAACGCCUCGCCGAGGAAGGCAAGCGCAAGGACAGGCGCCAUUCCUGCGGCCUGCUCAAGGAGAUCCAUUCGCUCGAGAAGUCCACGCAGAAGCUCGCCGAGGCAAUCGACGCGGCCCCGAUCCCGCUCUUCGGCGACAGGGAGAACGACGUGCGGGAGGCUGCCGCGGAGCUCGCCGCCGUGUGUGAAGCCAUGAGGGACGGCCUGGAGCCGCUGGAAAGGCUGGUGCGCGAGGUGUUCCACCGCAUUGUGCGCAGCCGUGUCGAUGGCCUCGAUUCAUCCAUGCACAAUGCCGACUGA